AUGGUUGAUUGUAAACCAAAGAGCACACCACUUGAAGCUAAGAUGAAGAUGACGUCCAAUACCACUCCCCUUGAUGAUCCAAGUUACUUUCGUGGGCUUGUUGGAUCUUUACAAUAUCUCACUCUUACUCGCCCUGAUAUUUCAUAUAGUGUUAAUUUUGUGUCCCAAUUUAUGAACUCUCCUACCAUUGUGCAUUUACAAAUGGCUCAUCGUUGUCCCGCCACUCGACACUCCACCACCGGUUAUUGUAUCUAUCUUGGAGGAAAUCUCAUCUCAUGGUGUGCUAAGAAACAACCCACAGUUUCUCGCUCCAGCACGGAAGCUAAAUAUAGGGCCAUGGCAAACACUGCUGCUGAACUCACAUGGCUUACCUUUCUCUUGCAAGACCUUCGCAUUUCACUACCAUCCCUUCCACUGUUAUACUGUGAUAAUCUCAGUGCACUCCACAUGACCAUCAAUCCCGUAUUUCAUGCCCGCAUCAAGCACAUUGAAUUGAACUAUCACUACGUCCGUGAAUGA